AAUUCUCCCUGUUCCUGCAACAUCGCGCGCUGCGGGUUGGCCGCCUGGCUGCCUUCGCUGCAAAGAGAGCCGCGCUGCCGCCGGGGCUGUCCCGCGCGCUUGGCUACGGCGUGGAGAGGGGCGCGUGUUUGGUGCGGGCGGCGCUGCAGUGACAGGCGCGGAGAGCCGCCGCGGGAGGGAUCCUGACUCCGCCUCUCCUCCCAUUUCCCCGGGAAGCUUCUUGCUGUGCAUCGACGCUUCGGCUGGAGAGUCCGGGACUUGCCUCGUCCAGCCAGGUCGCUCCAGCAGCCGACGGCGUCUCUUCGCCCUGGUGCAAGCGGCUCGUGGAGAGCGGGCUUCCCUCCAGAUCUGCUAGUACCUGAUCUCAGUUGCCAUCCCAGUUCAUGGAUUAUCUGAAAACCACAGUAAACUAGAAUGUCUGAAUGUAUCCAGCUUUCAUUUGCUCUUUGUAGAAUUGGCAUUUACACGUGCUUCCGAGCGCUUUGUUGCAAAGGACCUCCGCCGCCACGACCAGAGUAUGACUUGGUUUGCAUAGGUCUUACUGGAUCAGGCAAGACUAGUCUGCUGUCACAGCUCUGCAGUGAAAAUAGAGAGAACAUUGUGUCUACAACAGGUUUUAGCAUAAAAGCAGUGCCAUUCCAGAAUGCCAUCUUGAAUGUAAAAGAGCUUGGAGGGGCUGACAAUAUCAGGAAAUACUGGAGCCGUUACUACCAGGGAUCCCAAGGAGUAAUAUUUGUAUUAGACAGUGCCUCUUCAGAAGAUGACCUAGAAACAGCUAGAAAUGAACUGCACUCAGCGCUUCAGCACCCACAGUUAUGCACGUUGCCAUUUCUAAUAUUGGCCAAUCAUCAAGACAAACCAGCAGCUCGUUCAGUACAGGAGAUAAAAAAAUAUUUGGAACUUGAACCACUUGCUCGAGGAAAACGCUGGAUACUUAAGCCAUGUUCCUUGGAUGACAUGGAAGCUGUAAAAGACAGCUUCAGCCUGCUGAUCAAUUUACUAGAAGACAGAGAUCUUGAGCCUUCCCGAAUUUGAAGAAAACAAGAAUGGCUUCUGGAUAGCAUUGUACCUGUUCCUCUUUCCUUCUGCUGAAUUAUGGUUUGAAAUUGAGAAGACUGCAUUAGAGCUUGAAAUAAAUAUAUUUUUGAGUUUUGUCUGGAAAACUUUUCUUGUAAGUUCUGUGCAUCUAGUCAUGAUUCGUAUUGGCAAAGUUGUCUAUACUACUGAAAUGGGGAGUUCGUCUUGUUUACCACCAGUUAUGCUUGCUAUGUGGUAUUGUCUUGCGUGGUCAUUAGAAAAACAAUCACAUGGAAUUAGGCUGCAUGUGGAAAACUCAAAACAGCCUAUAAAAGGACAAAGAAAGAAAUAAUUAGGGUUCUAAAAACCGAACACUAUAGUGCUCCAGUUAUCAUACAAUUGUAUGGUAUGAGCAUUUUGGACUCUGGAAGCAAUGGUCACUUGAAGUCACAAGAAUGACUUUGAUGCAAACAUUAGUCGGAAGCCUUAUUGAAUGCCUUUUGACAUUUACUGUUUUAAUUCUUCUUAAUGAAACAAACCAUUGAUUAAGUGGGAAAUGAAGGCAAGACAAUGGGAAUAUUAGUAUUGUGUUAUGGUCCAAAGGUAUCUUGAGUAUAAAGAGUAGCCUUUGUAAAUUUGUAAAUGUAAAUUAACCUGAUCACCUAAAAUGAUGAUGAAUGGAGGCUCACUUUUUGCAACAGCUGCCGUGCAAGAGCAAUAUGCAAAUUUAAGUAAUUAUAAUGGUAUUCUACAUAAUUAGUGUUAUGUCAGAAUUCCUAGGCCACAGGAUAUUUUUUGUUUGUUUCAGGUAUCAUUGUCUCUAAAUUAUGUGGUUGUCUGUCCAUAUUUCUUAUAGACCUCUAUUUUCAGGGGCUUGGAUUUUUCGUUCACACAUUUUUCGGGAUGAAUAUUGGUAGAAAGCGCUUAAAUCUAAAAGACAGGAUUGUUUGUCAUUAAAUAUGAAAGCACUCCAUUUUGUUCCAAGAAUAUGAAUGCUGCAGUGUUUUAUCUUGUUUUUUGUAGAUUUUUGGAGUUUGGGAUUUUAAAAAUUAUUUUAAAGGCUACCUGCCACUUAAAUUUUUUUUAAAAAAGAAUUUACUCCAGUGUACAAUUGUGAGAAAUGUCUCAGUAUAUAAUGCAAUUUGAUGCAUCAUUACAUUUGUUAUCUGAAUUGCUGAUCUCUUUUUAUCUUUUUUGUUCCUUCAGAAGGGUGCCAUAUGAUAUACUCUUUAGUAGCAAGGCUGUUAAUUAAGGGAUUGUAUUGAAACCCUGGAGUUAGUUCUAGAGGCAUGUUCUCAUCCACAAAAUGAGUCUUUCCAUGAGACGCGAGCCCAAAGUUUUUGAAACCAAUUUCAGAAGAAGAUUUGACGUUGACCAGAAAGUCAGAAGGAGAUUUAAAAUUAAUCAGAAGUUUAGAAAUCCGGACAACUGAAAGCAUGCAUUGGUUUUUGCUUUCAUCCCCCCCCCCCCCCCCCGCCCCCCGGUAGUCUUUCCGAGAUGCUGAUUUUAUGGAGAUGUUUUAAAAAUGAUUACAUUCCCAAGUCUUGUUCCCAGUCAAUCUCUUACACUGCAUUGCACCCUGUUGUCAUCUUGAGAAAACCAAGAGUUAUCAUGGUUGGGGGAUUAUGGUUCUUAGUGAUGGGCACAGGUUCCACACUGUUUUCCUUUGUUUUGUUUUUUUGUACCAAAAGAACAAUUGAGAGAGUCAACUGUUCGCAGCUUUAAAAAAAAAAUCAGGAGAGAAUAAUUUUCUAAUUGGUUUCUUGCCUCUGGUGGACUCAGUUAAUGACAAGGCAAAAUGUAGGCCCAGUUGCCAUGACUUGAAAGUAAUUUGUUGUGAAUCAAACUACUGAGCGUUUUGACUUACGUUGCAAGUGUGAUAUCACCAACAUACAGCCACUGCUGUGAGGAGCUGCCUAAUAGAAACCGCAAAACAGCUUAACCACAGGAAUAAAGAACAAGACUUCAAACUCACUGAAAAAAAAUAGAAAUAUAGCACAGCAACCUUCUGUGCGUUUAUUUGUAAGGCUCAACUGAUCUCAGUGUGACUGACUUGUGAAUAAACCUAUAUCAGAUUAGACAACAGGACUUUCUGGAAAAAAAAGUUUAGUACACAAGAAAAGACAUCUAUUCAAGGAUUUCCACCAGGCAUUGAUACCCGGGUGUUCACUCCAUUGUAUAUAAUGAAAUUAUACCUCAGAUAUGUUUGACGAGUACCUUUUCAUUGUUGUUCAUCUUUGGUAGUUCUGUGAUCAUAACUGGAUUUUAGCAUUUCUGUAAAGUUUUUAUAUCUUCACUUUUUUUAACCUAGUGAGAUUCAUAAAGUUUGUUAAUAUCACAUAUCAAGAACACUAUCAAUAUUUUUGAAUGUAAAUUAACCGCUCAACAACAACACAGCUCUUAUUUCUCUCUAUUAAAAUGUUUGUUAUUAAACUCAUCCUGAAUGUUCAUCAUGUAGAGGAAACAAAUCCCAUUAUUUGGGAUUGCUUGCCAUGAGAAGUUAUUAACAUUGAAUAUCGGGAAGGGUUUUUACAGAGAGAGAAUGCUGUUUGGGCAUAAGAUUCUCAUAGACAUCUGUUAAAUUGCUUUCUGAGUAUGUGUGAGUGUGCGACCGCAUGCCCACGUUGGGCUUCUCCCCCCCCCCCACCUUCUUCUCAGACCUGUGAGUGUCUGCAGUACUUUGGCAGUCAGAAUAAAAACAUUAUCAAUCAGUAUCUAACAGCAGCUGUUUUGACAGGUUUCUGUCAGACAUCUAAUGCUUUACAACCGUCAGUGGCUCCUUUUGUCUACCAGCUCUAAAAUGUUCAUUGUGCCGUUCCCAUAUCUGUCCCUCGUGCUUAUAUCUUUGGAUAUCUUUAACAUGUUCAGUAUUUUUUUUCUCUGUAUAAUGUGCCACAUGUCUUGGCUUCCAUGUUCAAAUACUGUUAAUUAUGUAUUGUUUUAUUGAGCUUCUUAUGGUUCUUUAUUUAUAGAAGUUAACAGAUUUUUGUACUUAACUAGCUAAUACAGUUGCCUUUUUUUGUAAUGGCAAAUAAUUUAUAUUCCAAAGGUUUGUAUCUUUCUGUAGUUAAAUGCAAUGGUUGAUAGCUAACUAUCAUAUAGCCCUGACUUUAUACUAAAAGUACAGUAUCAGUACUUAAUUGACCAAUUUGUGCAGACAACUGCUAUGCAGGAGGAACCAUUUGUGAUUUAUAUAAUUUACGCUAACCAAAAUGGAAAUAAAUUCUGUGUAGAACACA